AUGAGAGAGCAGAUGCAAGACUCAAGAUGGCCGGGGUCACCUGUUCCUGCAGCAAUGUCUUCCCAGCAGCAGCAGCAGCAGCAGCUGCCCCAGAAGGCCCAACAGCAGCAGGUGAAACAGCCUUGCCAGCCACCACCUGUCAAAUGUCAAGAGACAUGUGCACCCCAAACCAAGGAUCCAUGUGCUUCUCAGGCCAAGAAGCAAUGCCCACCCAAGGGCAAAGCCGUCCCUGCUCAGCAGACGUGCCCCAUGGCCCAGCAAGCCCCCAAGAGUAAGCAGAAGUAA